UCUACCUCCCCGCCACGCUCGACACAUGCGUUGAACUUAUUGAGUAGACUGGAAACGUUCUCUCAUUUCCCCUCCCGAACCUUUCCUUGCUUUGCACGGGAGGCAUGAGCAGUCCCAGUGUGGCGGUCCGGCCCGGGAGAACACAAGUCAGAAGGGCUGAGUACAGCAGAGAAGAGGGAACCAGCUUGGACUCCAGCUGCAUGAAUCCUUCAUUUAGCCUGAUCGAGCCAGGUGUUGUUUAAGGCAGUGUGUGCUGAAAGGUCCUGCAACUGAAAGAUGACUCAGUCAGUGCAAGUUAACCCAAAGUUGCCUGAUUUGGCGUCUCCAUUUCUCUAUUCCAGUCAAGAGGAAGUUGACCAGCCGGCAUCUUACUCUGUCCAAACGCCAUAUGGUUUCCAACUUGAUUUGGACUUCCUCAAAUAUGUGGAAGAGAUAGAAAGUGGACAUAAUAUUCGCAGGGCAGCUGUCACAUCUCGUCGUUCCGGACGGGCGCUGAAAACAUCUCAGAGAUGUGUGGGGGGGCGCACCAGUGGAUGGACUUCCACAGAGUCUCUUGCCUCUCCUGGUAGCGAGGAUGGCAGGGUGCCUCCCCUGCCCCCGCCAAGAAACCGGCUUGGCUCUGCACCGUCUGAAGUGUUUUCUCUGUCCCCAGUAACCCUCCUAAGUGUCCCCCCGCUUUCUGCUGGAGCCAAAGUACCACCCCCUCCACCACAACGCAACCCGAGGGUUGAGCGAACUCUUCUAGAAACCAGCCGGCGCCUACAGCAGGAACAAAGUCAGCACAAUGGUGGCCGAUUCCAGCUUGCAGAUCCUCCCAAGCAGGUGUCAACCUCUGCAUCGGCUCAGCCUCUGCAAACCAGCUGGAUUAAACCUAGUCCUCAAACCUCUGGACUCAACACUCCUACUGCAGUCCCUCCCAGCCAAUUGCAGACAGUUAGAGAGCAGAUGGCUACAGCCUUGAGACAACUGAAAGAGAUGGAAGAACGAGUAAAAGGUGUUCCAGCUCUUGAAAAAGAGGUGGCUGAGCUUCGUGCUGAGAAAGACAUGCUAAUGUUAGCGCUUCAGGAGAAGAAAGCAACCAUGGAUGUGAUCUCUCAGCCACAGAAACAGUUAGUACAAUCCUCCACCCAGACCAUAGAGACUUCCCAAUCCAUCCCUACUAUCCAGAGUCAGUUAAGUUCCCCGGCUUCACCUGAUCACAAAGUCCAUGGAAAAUCGAGGGAACUGAAGAAUCUUGCUCAGAAAUUUGAGGGGAAAGAGAAUUGCGCUGCAGAACUUUCAUCUAAAAUUGUUUUGAAGGCUACUAGGAAUCUGUCUGUUGAGAAGAAGUCCGUGGCUGUGGGUGAUGAUCAGCCCAUAGACUCAGUUGUUUUCUAUUACAGCCACAGUGUGAAAGAUGCCGCUGUGGGAGCUGAGCUCCAUGUUUGUGAGAAGGGCACAGGAACUGAAAACCCUGAGUUCUGCGAGGAAGGAACACAGGUCAGAGCGGAGACAAGAGAGGCUGGGAUUUGGGUUAUGGAGUCGCAACUUGGGCUGGCAUCUGAGACACAGCGUGAGAUGGACACCUUACAGGACACUAUUAAAUUUCAGCAGGAGUCUAUUGCGAGUCUAGAGAGCCAGCUGAGCAUGGCAGACAAAGAUCUCGGAACAUUCCGAGCACAGAUUGAGGAGAUAGCGUUAAAAGUUACGCUUGAGAAGGGAGUUCUAGCCAAACCAGACGCCAAGGAUGCCCAGAUCGAGACUACAUUCUCUACCAUAAAAGAUGCUGCUGUUUUGUGCCGGCCAGUUGUGAUGGAUGUCUGCGUAGGUAACAGCUUCCCAGCAGACCUGACUGAGCGAGGUGCCCAAACUGAUGCUAUGACAACACCAGACAAAACACCAUCUGUUGUAAUGGUCACUGUUGGCUGCCAGUAUGAAAACAUGAUUGGUGACAAGAUUGAAGAUGAGAAUGUAACUGUGCUCAAGAAGAGACAGUUAACCAUAAAUGAUUACAAGAUCUUUCCAGAGGAGGCAGUCAGUAUGUCUGAGGAGAAAGAGGAAGACCCAGACGACAUAAGGGCGCCCAGCAAUAACAAAACAGGUAUGCUGAAAUCAAUCAUGAAGCGGAAAGAUGGAAACGGUGCAGGUGAAAAUCGCACAUCGGGCAAGAAGAGUCUGCAGUUUGUUGGCAUUUUAAAUGGAGGGUAUGAAUCAACAUCCAGUGAAGAAGAGGAAGAUGAAGAGGAGGGGGAGGAGGGAAGCUCCUCUGAAGAAAGCGGAGAGGGGGACUGCUUGGACAGCACGGAGGAGGAUGACGUGGACCCGGAGGAAGAGACGUCUGAGGAGGAAAGAAAGGUCAACAUUGAUGAGAGCGACACGGACGAGGAAAUUCUGAGAGCAUCAAAUGGGUCAUCUGAACACAUCAAAGAGAAGUUUGAACUCAGCUCCAAAAUGCGUGAAGCUUGCUUGAUUCUCAAAAAUCACCUCAAUGACGACAUCCAAACACUGAAGAGUAAGGAAGUGCUCGCCAGCACCCACACGGUCCAGCUCGAGUGGUUCCGGGUUUCCAGCGGCAAAAUGGCUCAGCCUUCACGGGUGUCCGACUACCUGAUGGCGUUCUCUGAAGUGUCUGCGCUACUGCUGGAGCACAUCGUCAAUAUGACGGACGGCAACGGCAACGCCGCUCUUCACUACAGCGUCUCGCACUCCAACUUUGGUGUUGUGGACCUGCUGCUGGACACAGACAUGUGCUGUGUGGACAAGCAGAACAAGGCGGGCUACACGGCCAUCAUGUUGGCCGCCUUGUCCACUGUGAAGGAGGAUAGCGACAUGUCCGUCGUCAAGAAGCUCUUCAGCAAGGGCAACGUCAACGCCAAAGCCAGCCAGGCGGGUCAGACGGCGCUGAUGCUGGCUGUCAGUCACGGGCGCCAGGAGAUGGUGGAGGCGCUUCUGGAGUGCGGCGGCGACGUCAACGUGCAGGACGACGAAGGCUCCACAGCGCUGAUGUGCGCCAGCGAACACGGCCGUGCUGAGAUCGUCAAACUUCUGUUGGAGCAACCCGGUUGUGAUAUCGCCAUCGUUGACAAUGAUGGCAGCAAUGCUCUCUCCAUUGCGCUGGAGGCAUCUCACAACGACACCGCUGUGCUCCUCUACGCCCACAUGAACUAUGCCAAAACUCCGUCUGCUGUGGGAAGUCCGAAGUCUCCGAGGAGCCCGACCGGCGGCCACAAGUCGUGGCCUGCAGAGUAACGUGGCGACGACAGAAAACACUCCACUGGAAUUGACUGAAGUCUCGAUGUAUUUAUAUCUUGUAACAUGCCCUGCAUUUAAAGUGUUGUUAAUAUGAGAAUAUUAUUUUUUCAUAAAGAUGAUGAAAGGUUA